AGUACAAGAACAAGUCAUCUCCAAGUGUAGCCAGACUAAGGCGAGACCCCCAUCUAACCAGCAAAAGAUGUCACCCAAAACUGAGCUCCUUCAGGACAAUCUGAUUCCAAGAAUAUUACCACCCACAAGUCACAGAGGUAUUUUGACAUCAACUCUGAAGAAGCAGCAAGUCAACACUGGCCUUCCAUUUCCCAUCUCCUCAGGCUUGGGUCAGGAUCCCCUGAAUAGUCUUGGCUCUGUCUGUCCCAAAGCCAAGGCCAUGCCCUUAGAAGUGCCCCUGCCCAAGCUCUGUAUCAGCCCACUGGGCAGCCAAUCCUUGAUUCCCUAUCAACUCAGCCUCCCCAGUGUGCCAAUGAUGUCUUCAGUGUCCAGUAAUGCAGUCUGGACAGUGGUAGCUGCAGCUGUAGCCAUGCCAGUUUCAAAGAAAUCACCCCUGAGCCAAGUAGAUAGUAGCAUUCUGCCACAUUUUGAUAGCAACUCCAUCAUCUUUGUCAAGGCACCUAUGAGUAAACCCCCAACAGCCCUAGCAUCUCCAUUUCAGAAGGUUGUGGUUCAGGCCAAUCAGAUGGCCCCAGGAUCCAGGCCUGGCCAGAAGGUGUAUGCUGCUCUGGCCAGCCCCAGAUUCAGCCUAUUGGGCAAUCAGAGCCUUGUACAGAGCCCAGCACAGGGGCUAAUGCCUGUGUUGAGUACCAAGUCCCUCCAACAGAGCAUGACCAGCUGCUCUCCCAUAAGUCCUAUUCAGGAGCUAGAGCCUCCAAGCUAUGCAGCUGCUACUGCUGCUACUAGCCAGUCCCUAGGUACAUUGAUUAGAAUGGGCACACCCCUUGAGCCACAGGACAAUGUCUUGCCUCAGACACAGUCCCCAAUAGAUGGUCUGAUUUCACCAUCAUCUGCAGGCAGUGAGGUGGAUCUCAUGGAAGAGCUUUUGGGAGGCUCCAGUGUGGCCCCAGAUGAAGACUGGGUGUGCAACUUGCGGCUGAUAGAUGACAUUUUGGAAUAGCAUGCUGCUGCCCAAAAUGCUACAGCCCAGAGUGCUGACCAAGUCACCCAGGGUGCUGAGGAGCUAUAAAUCAAAGUAGGGUGCUCCAGAAAAGCCCCAUGUCGUCACUCAAAGGAGUGGUCUGAAUCUGCAGCCAGCUUGAAACUGGCCCCAGACACCCACACUAGGGUCCUAGUCUGAAUUCUGUCAGCCCUGCCCGUCCCUCUAUCUACCUGAUAAAUAAAAAGCUGGUGAUUUUUCAAGCUACUUGUACAUAUUUGAAAAUUUUGUAAAUGGUUUUCCUAAUCAUAAAUGACAGAAGUAUUUAUACUUGGUUUUGUGGCUUUGUAAAUAAAGUGGUGGCUUUGGUUUCAGUAGAGUUGUGUUUAUUAUACAUUGUUCCAAAUAUGCAGACUGUGUUGUUCGCUCCAGUGAUAACCUUGUUAAAUCAGGUGGCUGAGUCACUGAGGUUUUCAUGCCACAAGAAACGUGGAUGUGACCAAGGGGUAUUGUGCAAACUGACAAAUGCCAAAUAGAAAGCCACUUGGUCGUUAAUUUCCACUCCAUUACAAACUGUACUAUCCAGUGUGACUCUUAACUUUCACAAGCCUUUAAGUCUCAGCUAGUUCUUUCCUAAUGAACAUUUACACCAAAAGUCAUGGUGUGGUUAAGUGUCCCACAGAGACACUCAUGGGAGGCCAAGAGCAUCCUUUAGGUUUGGUUAAGAGAAGUGCAGAAAUAGUCUGAGCUGAGCACUGUGUGAGCUGGCCACCUUGAGGAACUAGAGCGUUCCCUUCCCUUUGUCACCUAUGGUGACCUUCAGCUGCAGAGAAAUCCCCAGCUUUAGACAGCUUUGGUGCACCAUCACAGAGUGAUGCUUUAAAGUCUGCUUUAAACCAUUUGACACUCAUUUUGAUGUGAAUCUCUGUGGCUUGGGGGGAAAGUCUGUAAACAUUAAUGGUUGAUUUGGGGUUGUCUUUAAUGGUAUCUAUUUGCGGCUCUUGUCAUGUAUAUUUAAGUGUCUGUUAGAGAAACUCCACAGCCACUGUCCUGUAAACUUUGCUCAGUGUCCAGAUUUUGUGUAAUACAUUUUAAUUGACACCUUGUAUUUUGAUUCGACAUUUGAGAUCUGGCAUCUAUUUUGAGCCAGUGUUUUUUGUUGGAUUUUCUUUUGCUUUCUUUUUCUUUUUUCUUUUUUUCUUUGUUCUGUAAUAAACAGCCAGGAGAAAAGUG